AAACAGUGUCAACAGUUGGUCGUCUUGAAAUUCAAAGAAAUUCAGAACAAUGUCGAAAAUUAUUUUGUUUGUUGCUCUCGUUACGCUUAUGUGCGUUACUGCACAAAACAACAACAAUUGGGCUCCACGGGCUGCUGGUGGACUUUUCAACUGGCCCUUGAUCCCUAAUUUCCAGGACAUCCAGAAAGCUCAACAAGAUAUGAUGAACAGACAACCAGGACCCAACGAGAACUACCAUGCGGCUAGUAUAACAUCGAGCUCACAGAACGGGAAGGUUGUCACUUCUUUCUACGAGAAUGAUAACGGAAAGAAGAAGGAAUACACUAUUACUAACUAGAUAAUUGAAUCAGCUAGGCUGUAACUUUCAAUUCGAUUGUUGAAGUGAAUUUGAUCGUGAUCCGCCAUGUUAUUGAUUGUGUGAAUAUCUCGACCAAUGACGGGUGAGAAUGCGAUCGAGCUCACUUUGAAAUUAGAAUUGACAGUUACAAAAUAAACUGGCUGUUGUGGAUUCAUGCCGUAUGAAUGUUUAAG